AUGGAAUUAUUUUGCGUGGUUCUUCAACUGUUGUAUGAACAUGCUUGCCAUGCAUUACACAGAACAUUAGCUCAAGCAUUUCGUUAUGCAAUUGUUUGGGGGACUUCCACUAAAUUUUCUCCACAAAGAGUUGGAAUACAACAUAAAUUGCACCAUGAAGAUGUUAUACAAAUUGUUAAAAAGAAUUGA